AUGGCUGCCUCUACGCCUGUGGCAGCUCCGGCGAAGCAACGCCGCAUCGCUGUCUUGACUAGUGGGGGUGAUGCGCCAGGCAUGAACGGAAUCGUGAGAGCGGUUAUACGCAUGUCGAUUCACUGUGGCUGCGAAGCCUACGCCGUGCACGAGGGGUACGAGGGCCUGGUGCAAGGCGGAGACUACUUCAGGCAGAUGUACUGGGAGGAUGUUCGAGGCUGGCUGUCUCGCGGAGGGACCUUGAUAGGGUCAGCGAGGUGCAAGAGCUUUAGAGACCGCGAGGGCAGACUGAAGGCAGCUAAGAACAUGGUCAUCCGUGGCAUUGACGCCCUUAUUGUCUGUGGUGGUGACGGGUCCUUGACUGGAGCUGAUAUCUUUCGCUCCGAGUGGCCCGGCUUGCUGGAAGAGCUAGUUUCCAAGGGAGAGCUCACCUCCGAAGAGAUCAAGCCGUUCAAGUCUUUGAAUAUAGUUGGACUGGUGGGCUCGAUUGAUAAUGACAUGUCGUUGACUGACGCUACAAUUGGCUGCUACUCUUCACUGCACCGUAUCUGUGAAGCGGUCGAUGAGGUCUUUGAUACCGCGUCCUCUCACCAGCGAGGUUUCGUCAUCGAGGUCAUGGGUAGACAUUGUGGAUGGCUGGCACUCAUGUCCGCCAUCAGUACGGGGGCUGACUGGCUCUUCAUUCCUGAAAUGCCUCCCCGUGAUGGCUGGGAGGAUAACAUGUGCGAUAUCAUCACGCAGAACCGACGAAGGGGUAAACGGCGGACGAUAGUUAUUAUCGCUGAGGGUGCACAGGACAGCCACCUGCAGAAGAUCACGUCCAACAAGGUCAAGGACAUACUCAGUGACAGGCUGCAGCUCGACACUCGGGUCACCGUUCUGGGGCAUACACAACGAGGCGGCUCUGCCUGUGCCUACGAUCGAUGGUUAGCUACGCUUCAAGGCAUUGAGGCUGUCAAGGCCGUUCUCGACGCUAAGCCGGGCUCACCCUCUCCAAUUAUUACCAUCAGGGAGAACAAAAUCGAGAGAACUUCCCUAGUGGAGGCAGUGAGGGUUACGAAGAGCGUUUCCGAAGCUAUCUCAAACAAGGAUUUUGCUACUGCCAUGGCUCUUCGAGAUUCAGAAUUCCAGGCUUACCACAGAGCAUAUAUCAAUACUACAACGCCACACCAUCCAAAGCUACUGCUUCCUGAAGCCAAGAGAAUGCGCAUCGCAAUUAUCCAUGUUGGAGCUCCUGCAGGCGGAAUGAACCCUGCGACACGAGGGGCAGUGGCCUACUGUCUUGCUCGCGGACACACUCCCAUUGGCAUCUACAAUGGCUUCCCGGGCCUAUGCAGACACCACGAUGACAAACCGCUGGGCUCCGUGAGGGAGGUGAAGUGGCUCGAGUCGGACUCGUGGGUGAAUGAGGGCGGUUCCGAGAUCGGGACCAACCGCGGCCUUCCUUCAGAAGACAUGGAAACCACCGCCAAGUGCUUUAAGCUUUACAAAUUCGACGCCUUGUUCGUUAUCGGAGGGUUCGAGGCGUUUACGGCCGUCAGCCAGCUGCGAAAGGCCAGAAAGGAUUAUGACGCGUUCAAGAUCCCGAUUGUCCAGUUGCCAGCAACCAUCUCCAACAACGUCCCCGGAACGGAGUACUCUCUAGGCAGCGACACCUGUCUCAACACUCUAGUUAACUUUUGCGAUGUGAUCAGACAGUCGGCCUCGUCCUCCCGCCGACGGGUGUUUGUGAUUGAAACCCAGGGCGGGCGAUCCGGGUACAUCGCCACCAUCGCCGGGCUCUCUGUUGGCGCGUAUGCUGUAUAUAUCCCAGAAGAAGGGAUUAGCAUAAAAAUGCUCGCCAACGACAUCGAGAAUCUUCGACGCAGCUUUGCGGUUGACCGUGGCGCCAACCAUGCAGGCAAGAUCAUCCUGAGGAACGAGCGUGCAUCCGCCACUUACACGACCCAAGUGAUCGCCGACAUGAUCAAGGAAGAGGCCAAGGGAAGAUUCGAAUCCCGCUCUGCUGUCCCCGGCCAUUUCCAGCAAGGUGGGAAGCCAUCACCGAUGGACCGUAUUCGUGCCCUUCGCAUGUCCAUCAAAUGCAUCCAGCACUUUGAAGAAUACGCCGAGAAGAGCCAAGAGGAGAUUGCUGCGGACGACAUGUCGACAGUCGUUAUCGGAAUCCGAGGCAGCGAGGUCGUCUUUAGUCCCCUUGGGGGCAAAGAUGGGUUGGAAGAGACAGACACAGACUGGCAGCAUCGACGGCCAAAGAACGAAUUCUGGCUAAAGUUCCGUGAACUGGUCGAUACGCUUAGCGGUCGACCAAGCGGCCAUCAGGAGACGGAUGAUGGCAAUCUCUGA